CCCGCUCACCAGCUCGGCCACUGCUCGCUGCUGGCUCGGCCGCCGCCACUGCCGCCAACGCCGCCAACGCCACCACAGCUUCCUCCGCUGCGGGGCCACAGCCUUGAGUGUCAUUCAAGGGACAGCAUAACCUCACCCAGGCUCUCCUACCUCUCUGCCCAGCCGUCCCUCUCAUCCAACCCCUCCGUCCGCCACACUCCAUCCAAAGAAGAGGGAAAGCGCGGAGCAGAGGGGGAGAAAGGCAAAGUCUGCCAUCCUCAUCCCUUGCCCCCCCUGACUCCUCUAUCCCGAUUUUGACUCCCAAGCCCUCUUCCCCAAAGGACCCUCAGGAACCGAGGAGAAUUACCCUACUGCCAUGUCCAAAAGCUUGAAAAAGAAAAGCCACUGGACUAGCAAAGUCCACGAGAGUGUCAUUGGCAGGAACCCGGAGGGCCAGCUGGGCUUUGAACUGAAGGGGGGCGCCGAAAACGGACAGUUCCCCUACCUGGGGGAGGUGAAGCCGGGCAAGGUGGCCUAUGAAAGCGGCAGCAAGUUGGUAUCCGAGGAGCUGCUGCUGGAGGUGAACGAGACCCCCGUGGCGGGGCUCACCAUCAGGGACGUACUAGCCGUGAUCAAACACUGCAAGGACCCCCUCCGGCUCAAGUGUGUCAAGCAAGGAGGAAUUGUUGAUAAGGAUCUUCGUCACUACCUCAACUUACGAUUUCAGAAGGGUUCUGUUGACCACGAACUUCAGCAAAUCAUCCGUGACAACCUCUACCUCCGCACGGUACCAUGCACCACAAGGCCACAUAAGGAGGGGGAGGUCCCUGGAGUGGACUACAUUUUCAUAACCGUUGAAGAUUUUAUGGAAUUGGAGAAAAGUGGUGCUCUCCUCGAAAGUGGGACCUAUGAAGACAAUUACUACGGUACUCCAAAGCCUCCAGCUGAACCAGCACCAUUACUAUUAAAUGUAACAGACCAGAUACUUCCGGGAGCUACUCCAAGUGCUGAAGGGAAACGGAAGAGAAAUAAAUCAGUGAGCAACAUGGAGAAAGCAAGUAUAGAACCUCCAGAAGAGGAGGAGGAAGAAAGGCCUGUGGUCAAUGGAAACGGCGAAGUCAUAACACCAGAAUCCAGUGAACCCGAAGACAAAAGUGCAGGGGCCUCAGAGGAGACACCCUCCCAGCCUUACCCUGCACCAGUGUACAGUCAGCCUGAAGAGCUAAAGGAACAGGUGGAUGAUACAAAGUCAACGAAACCUGAGGAGAAUGAGGACUCAGACCCAUUGCCUGACAACUGGGAAAUGGCCUACACAGAAAAGGGUGAAGUCUACUUCAUUGACCAUAACACAAAGACAACAUCAUGGCUGGAUCCACGACUUGCGAAAAAGGCUAAACCUCCAGAAGAGUGCAAAGAAAAUGAACUUCCAUAUGGAUGGGAAAAAAUCGAUGAUCCCAUAUAUGGCACUUACUAUGUUGACCACAUAAACAGAAGAACGCAGUUUGAAAACCCUGUCCUGGAAGCAAAAAGGAAGCUACGACAGCAUAACAUGCCCCACACAGAACUUGGACCAAAGCCCCUGCAGGCCCCAGGUUUUCGAGAAAAGCCGCUCUUCACCCGGGAUGCAUCCCAGUUGAAGGGAACAUUCCUCAGCACCACCCUCAAGAAGAGCAACAUGGGCUUUGGGUUUACUAUCAUCGGUGGCGAUGAGCCCGACGAGUUUCUACAGGUGAAAAGUGUGAUCCCUGAUGGGCCUGCGGCACAGGAUGGGAAAAUGGAGACAGGUGAUGUCAUUGUCUAUAUUAACGAAGUUUGUGUCCUUGGACACACUCAUGCAGACGUUGUCAAACUUUUCCAGUCUGUUCCUAUUGGUCAGAGCGUCAACUUGGUGUUGUGUCGUGGCUACCCGUUGCCCUUUGAUCCUGAAGAUCCUGCUAACAGCAUGGUGCCACCCCUUGCAAUAAUGGAGAGGCCACCUCCAGUGAUGGUCAAUGGAAGGCAUAACUAUGAAACAUAUUUGGAAUACAUUUCCCGGACCUCACAGUCAGUUCCAGACAUUACAGAUCGACCGCCUCAUCCUUUGCACUCCAUGCCAGCUGAUGGUCAGCUCGAUGGCACGUAUCCACCACCCGUCCAUGACGACAAUGUGUCUAUGGCUUCUUCUGGAGCCACUCAAGCUGAACUUAUGACCUUAACCAUUGUGAAAGGUGCCCAGGGAUUUGGCUUCACUAUUGCUGACAGUCCUACGGGACAGCGGGUGAAACAAAUACUUGACAUUCAGGGAUGCCCUGGGCUGUGUGAAGGAGACCUCAUUGUUGAGAUCAACCAGCAGAAUGUACAGAACCUGAGCCAUACAGAAGUGGUGGAUAUACUUAAGGACUGCCCCGUGGGAAGCGAGACUUCUUUAGUCAUCCAUCGAGGAGGUUUCUUUUCUCCAUGGAAAACUCCAAAGCCUAUGAUGGACCGCUGGGAGAAUCAAGGCAGUCCUCAAACAAGUUUAUCUGCUCCAGCCGUCCCACAGAACCUGCCCUUCCCACCUGCCCUUCACAGGGGCUCCUUUCCUGACUCAACAGAGGCCUUUGACCCACGGAAGCCUGACCCAUAUGAGCUCUAUGAGAAAUCGAGAGCCAUUUAUGAAAGUAGGCAACAAGUGCCACCCAGGACCAGUUUUCGAAUGGAUUCCUCUGGUCCAGACUACAAGGAACUGGACGUCCACCUUCGAAGGAUGGAGUCUGGAUUUGGCUUCAGAAUCCUCGGGGGAGACGAACCUGGACAGCCUAUUUUGAUUGGAGCCGUCAUUGCCAUGGGCUCAGCCGACAGAGAUGGCCGUCUACACCCAGGAGAUGAGCUUGUCUAUGUGGAUGGGAUCCCGGUGGCUGGCAAGACUCACCGCUACGUCAUUGACCUCAUGCACCACGCAGCCCGCAAUGGGCAGGUUAACCUCACUGUGAGAAGAAAGCUGCCAGGCGGAGGGGAGCCCUGCCCAGAGAACGGGAGGAGUCCAGGCUCUGUGUCAACCCACCACAGCUCCCCACGCAGUGACUACGCAACCUACUCCAACAGCAACCACGCUGCCCCCAGCAGCAGUGCCUCGCCGCCCGAAGGCUUUGCCUCCCACAGCCUGCAGACCAGUGAUGUGGUCAUUCACCGCAAGGAAAACGAAGGGUUCGGGUUUGUCAUCAUCAGCUCCCUCAACAGGCCGGAGACUGGAGCCACCAUAACCGUGCCCCAUAAAAUCGGACGCAUCAUCGAUGGGAGUCCUGCAGAUCGCUGUGCGAAGCUAAAAGUGGGAGACCGGAUCCUAGCAGUCAACGGCCAGUCUAUCAUCAGCAUGCCUCACGCUGACAUCGUGAAGCUCAUCAAGGAUGCAGGUCUCAGCGUCACCCUUCGCAUCAUUCCUCAGGAGGAGCUCAACAGCCCAGCAUCGGCACCCAGCUCAGAGAAGCAGAGUCCCAUGGCCCAGCCGCACAGCCCCCUGGCCCAGCCGAGCCCAGCCACGCCCAACAGCCCUGUCGUCCAGCCGGCUCCUCCUCAACCUCUCCAGCUGCAAGGGCAUGAAAACAGUUACAGGUCAGAAGUUAAAGCAAGGCAAGAUGUGAAACCAGACAUCCGGCAGCCUCCCUUCACAGACUACAGGCAGCCCCCGCUGGACUACAGGCAGCCCCCUGGAGGGGACUACCCACAGCCCCCACCCUUGGACUACAGGCAGCACUCCCCAGACACCAGGCAGUACCCUCUGUCAGACUACAGGCAGCCACAGGACUUUGAUUAUUUCACUGUGGACAUGGAGAAAGGAGCCAAAGGAUUUGGAUUCAGCAUUCGUGGAGGAAGGGAAUACAAAAUGGACCUGUACGUGUUGAGACUGGCAGAGGACGGGCCAGCCAUAAGGAACGGCAGGAUGAGGGUGGGGGAUCAGAUCAUCGAAAUCAACGGGGAAAGCACGAGGGACAUGACGCACGCCAGAGCAAUAGAGCUCAUCAAAUCCGGAGGGCGGCGAGUGAGGCUGCUGCUGAAGCGGGGCACCGGCCAAGUCCCAGAGUAUGACGAACCCUACGCCUGGAGUGCUGCCGCUGCCACCGCCCCAGGCCUGCCGGAAGUAGGCGUCUCCCUCGAAGACACCCUCUCUCCAUUCUCUCCAUCGCACCCAGCCCCACCCUCCGACCCUUCCCACCAGAGAGGCCCAGACCCGACUUGGGAUAUCCAAAGGGAACACGGCGUUAGGAAACCAAAGGAGCUUUCGGCCGGCGGCCAGAAGAAGCAGCGCCUGGGGGAGCAGAGGGAGCGCUCGGCAAGCCCGCAGCAGAGCAGCGUGCGCCCGAGGCUGGAGGAGGUGCCCGGCGGCCAAGGGAGGCCCGAGGCCGGCAGGCCCGCCUCGGAGGCGGCCGACGGGAAGGAGGCGCUGCGGGGCCUGCGCGAGGGCCCCGGGGCCGCGGGCGCGCGGGAGGCCGAGGCCAAGGUGGGCGUGCGCUCGGGGUCCCGCCCCGCACCACGACCCACGGCGGGCGGCCCGGCGCGCAAGGCGGCGGUGGCACCGGGGCCCUGGAAGGUGCCGGGCUCCGACAAGCUGCCGGGCGCCCUGCAGCCCGGAGCCUCGGCCGCGGGCAGAUAGGGGCCCCCAGCUGCCUCCACGCAGGCCGUCCCUCCCGGGUUCCGUCUCACGGCGUUUUAAUUUAUUUCCACUGUCACACGCAUAGAUCGAUCCACACGAGGCGCGAGGCCUGGGAGCGUCGGUGCGCGACGCGCGCGUGGGCGGCACGGCAAGGUGUGCGCACGGACCUAAACUGAUCCUAAAGCCCCCGGUCCCAUGGUGGGUGCUUUGGCAGCUAUGGAAGAACCAAAAUCACGCGACCAUCACAGAGAGACAGUGAGGUGUAGCUUUAGUCUAAAAAGAGAAAGAGAAAAAGUAACCCCCACUGCAUGAAGGUUUCGGAUGUCAUCCAAACUUUAUAUCGAGAAACUGGACAAGUUCAGAGCAAUCACAAACUGGAAUAUCGCCUUAAAAAUUCAAACUGCACGGAGCAAGCGGAAACGGAGACAAGAUUAUAUCUUUUAAUUGAUCUAAAGUGUUGUAAAUAAGUCGUUCUUGACAUAUCUAGACAGGGGUUAAAGGGUUCCUUUGAAACAUUAAGAACUGUUCGCCCAUGACAUUUCCAUGGCUCACCCUUGGCAUCCACCGCCGGGAUUAGCACCGUUCCCUGCCUACUGCAGGAUGAGUUAGAAACCUAGUGAAUUCAUUGGUGUGAUGCCGUUUUUACUGCCAUUUCUGUGAUCAAGUCACAUGUCUGUACAUUUUCAGUGGUAGGGAAAAAAGGUUUUAAAAAUUGUAUCCUAGGGAACAGUUUGCCGUAAGUCAGAAUUUUGCAGGUUAGCUCGUAGAUCUUAAUUGGUUUUCCUCUAAAAUAGGAGUGUUAUAAUCAGAAGACCAUAAUCUGUUUAAUCGAGAUUGGCAACGCUGCGGUUCCUUCCUGAGAAGGCUUUCCUGUCAUGCCAGGUACAGAGAUAGGUAGCUGCUUUGUUAGCGAUGUGCUGUUUUACCUAUUUUAUUGUCUUAUUUUAAAACCUCUUCAUUACUUCCUUUGCACUUUGACAAAGUAUUUGUCCUGUACUUCUCAAAUUAGAAUGAAUCUCUAAUAUUAAAAACAUUAUUAUAACUAAUUUAUUUUCAUUAAAGAACAUGAGUCCUUUGGCAUUCCUUUCUGUUUAUCUUUCCUUAUUUGAUGUCUCUUUGGUUUCCAUUUGGUUUGCCUCCGCCUUGUAUAACGUUUUUUGUUACACUAACAAUCUACAGAUGCCUCUUUAUGUCCCCUGGUUACCAUCACAGGUUAAUGACUGGCCCUGCAGUAAAACCGGAAAGCAUUAACUUCAGUAGAGCUGUCUAUUGGUACUUACUGUAGCUGUGUGUCAUAAAGGGAGAAAUGUCUAAAGACAGUCUGUCAUGAAUAUGCUUCAGCCCUUCCCACAGUCUGCCCCCUUCACAAGUUCCAAAACAGUUAAGUAAAAGAGGAGGUCAGGUCAUUCGCACCUGGUCACAUGUAAAAGCUGUCCCAAGUGAGUCUUUCCCUCCCUUUGUAACCCAGGUACAACUUAGUUUAAGUCCCUCAGACAUAGGGAUAGUUGUAUGGCAACCAGCCUCCUAUGAAGGGUCUUGCAGCUUGUGAAAGUAAUUUCCAAAAUGAAACACAUUCAUCAUAAACAAAAGCACAAACACAUGUAGUGGUUUAUACUUUUGGUUCAAUGUCAAUUCGUCUUUCUCCCCUGGACUAGAAAUCCAGUAUAGUUUGCCAUUAAUUUAUUGAAUCUGGUUUUGGACAAUGCUUCUGUAGUGUAGCUGCACGUCCUGGUACUGUAUCCUCUGACCUUUAUUUUCCAUGUUACAAAAGGAAAAACAAAGCGGAGAUUACGCUUGCAUAAACUCUAAUUUGCACAGCUACUACUUGUGCAGUAAUUGCUUUAUGCGGUUGUAAUCCAUAACCUGUGAAGACAGCACAUCAUCUAAAUCUCAUUGCAAAUAAUACUUCUGUGUAGUGUUAGCUGUGAAUUUACCCUGUACAGCUGUAUCUCUAUAAAUAUAAUCCCAUGUAUUAAUAGUCACAGAAAGACUGUAAGUGAGCAACUAUUUUUAUGAACCGCACCACUAUGGAUAAAUUAACUUUUACAGAAAUCUUGUUUACUGUAUGAUAUUCUAAAACACUGUCAAAUAAAAUAUAUAUCCAAAACUC